GGUAGAGUGUGAGUACUGAGCGGUUGUGGAGAGCUUUCUGUGAUCGGUGGAAGCGUCGCUUUGCUUUGCGACACGCUGCAAUGACUCUGGAAGAGACGCAAGGACAGGAGCCGGUGCCCGCGGGCAAGGACUGGAUGCAGGGCGCCGGCAAGGCCCUCCACGAGCUGCUGGUGUCGGCGCAGCGCCGCGGCUGCCUCACCGCCGGCGUCUACGAGUCGGCCAAGCUUAUGAACGUAGACCCAGAUAACGUGGCGUUCUGUGUGCUGGCGGCCGAUGAGGAGGACGAGGGGGACAUCGCCCUGCAGAUCCACUUCACCCUUAUCCAGGCCUUCUGUUGCGAGAACGACAUCGACAUAGUGCGUGUGAGCGACCUACCCAAGCUGGCUGCUGCCCUGGGGUCUGGCGAGGAGUCUGGUGAGCCCAGAGAUCUGCACUGCAUUCUCAUCACGAACCCAAAUGAAGAUGGCUGGAAGGACCCAUCUCUAGAGAAGCUGAACUGCUUCUGUGAAGAAAGCCGGAACAUCAAUGAGUGGGUGCCAACUAUUGCCUUACCUGAGUGACCAUGACCUGGCAUGCUGGGGAGGCUGAAACCUCUGUUGCAUUCUCAGUGUGGUGUUGGUUCACCAAAGUGCAACAGGCUGCUGAUUCCAUGGAUUAGCCUGGUCAAGGGACUGGAUUACAGUCACUCAGACUGGCAUGCUGUGGGCUCUUACAGAGGAGAAAGGAAAAGAAUAGCUCACCUCACCAGUGAGCUUCAGUAGGCUGCAACUGUGCAGAAGAUAACAUACUAUGGAACUGAAAAAAGUAUUGCAAGUUUCCUGGUUAAGUGGAGCUGUUGCAGAAGGCAGAGAAAGUUAGGGGAAGUUGUUCAAAACCUCAUGGGAUUGAACAGAGUACUGUGACUAGAAACUGUUGGCACUGUCUACAAAAUAUGAAGAGAAGCAAGCUUCAGUACUUCGUGGAUGUUUAGAGACUGAUUACCAAGGCAGAUACACAGACUCUUAAAGCAGACAGACUACAACAGGCCUCUGGGCCACUCUGCUGGUUUAAUGAUGCAAUAGUUUUUAUUGAAAUAUUUGCUGCUAUGGAAGCUUUCAUAAUAAAUUUUUGGCAUUUAA